CGUGCGUGGAGACAAGAAGUUUUUUAAAGCGCACGCCGGCCGCGCGCGGGUCCAAUCAGCUUCCUUGGUGGGGGCCGAGCGGCGCCAGGGGCGCCUAGUAACUGAGAGGCGCGGGAGGGACCCCCGCGAUCGCGCCCAGCCCGCUCGGUCUCCGGGUAGCUUUGAGCAGAGCGAGCGGCUGCAGGUUCAUUCGGGAGGCCUGUGGCGCUCAGUGGGGCUUACCCGCAGGCAAACUGAAGAUGUGGUUGGGUCCAGUUCUCAUAUGCUUCCUCUGUGGCUCUGAGUUAGUUGAAGGAGCAAUUCUGCAUGGAAAAGUUAAUAUUGAAGCCACUCUCAAUGCAGUUGAGCUCAUUGAAUACUGGGGAUACCCCUGUGAGCUAUAUAAAAUCACAACAGAUGAUGGCUAUAUUCUUACCAUGUUCAGAAUUCCACAUGGCAGAGUGAAUGAAGUCAGCAGAAACACAAGUGCAAAGCCAGUGGUUUUUCUACAGCAUGGUUUGCUGGUAGAUGCUGUUUGCUGGUAUCAAAAUCUUCCUAAUGCCAACCUGCCUUUCAUGUUAGCAGACGCUGGCUAUGAUGUUUGGCUAGGAAACAGCCGAGGAACCACUUGGUCUAAACAACAUAAUUUCCUUGCACCUAAUUCAGUGGAGUUUUGGGAAUUCAGCUUUGAUGAGAUGGCCAAAUAUGACCUUCCAGCAUCUAUAGAUUUUGUUUUGCAGAAAACUGGACAGCAACAAGUGACUUAUAUUGGUCAUUCACAAGGAACCACUAUAGCUUUCAUAGCAUUUUCUACCAAUCUUCAGCUGGCUGCAAAAAUCAAGCUGUUCAUUGCCUUAGCUCCUGUGGUCACAGUUAAGCAUGCCACAACUCCACUAGCCAAGCUUUCCAUAAUUCCUGAUUUUCAAAUCAAGCUCCUAUUUGGAAACAAAGACUUCUUGCCAGAAACGAAUAUUGGAGCUACUGUUAGGAGUACACUUUGCAGCCAGGAUAUAUUGGCACCUAUCUGUAGCAACUUGCUAUUCAUAAUAUGUGGCUUUAAUGAAAAUAACUUAAAUAUGAGCCGACUUGAUGUGUAUUCAGCGCAUGCCCCAGCAGGAACAUCUGUACAGAAUAUAAUCCAUUGGAAACAGGCAGUCAGGAGUGGUAAAUUCCAAGCUUUUGAUUAUGGAUGGAGAGAUAAUCAAGCUAUUUAUAACCAGCCUGCCCCUCCUGAAUAUGAUCUGACAGCCAUGACUGUCCCAACAGUGGUUUGGAGUGGUGGAAAUGACUGGCUUUCUGACCCAACUGACGUGGCUGCUGCAGUCCCCCAAAUCAAAAAUCUCAUUUCCCACGUGAGAAUUCCUGAAUGGAACCAUCUGGAUUUUGUGUUUGGUCAAGAUGCACCCGAAAAACUGUAUUAUAACAUCCUUAACUUGUUAAAGGAGUAACUGGGGCCUGAAGAGCAGUGAACCAGUGCUGUGAAUAAAUAAAUGUUUUGUCACCAGAAACCAAGAAACCAGGGUUUUCUGCUUACCUGGUUUUUUCUUCAAAAGAUAAGCUUUCUCAAUCAUUACCAAAAAAUUGUAAGAAUAUAAUAAUAAA